GUGUCCCAUCAACAUGUUCUGGAAGUUUGAUUUGAACACAACAUCGCAUGUGGACAAGCUGCUGGACAAAGAAGAUGUGACACUUCACGAGCUCAUGGACGAAGAUGACAUCUUACAGGAGUGCAAGGCCCAGAACCGCAAGCUGCUGGACUUCCUCUGCCAGCAGCACUGCAUGGAGGAGCUGGUCAACCUCAUCACCCAUGAGCCCCCCGUGGACAUGGAGGAGAAGAUCCGCUUCAAGUACCCAAACACAGCCUGCGAACUGCUGACCUCGGACGUGCCGCAGAUCAACGACAAGCUGGGAGGGGAUGAAACUCUGCUCAACAUCCUCUACGACUUCUUGGAUCACGAGCCUCCUCUGAACCCUUUGCUUGCCAGUUUCUUCAGUAAGACUAUUGGGAAUCUCAUUGCAAGAAAAACAGAACAGGUGAUUGCAUUUUUAAGGAAAAAAGACAAAUUCAUUAGCCUGGUGCUAAAGCACAUAGAUACAUCAGCCAUGAUGGACCUGCUGCUGCGCCUCAUCAGCUGCGUGGAGCCCGCGAGCCUGCGGCAGGAAGUGCUCAAUUGGCUUAAUGAAGCAAAAAUCAUUCAGAGACUUGUGGAAUUGAUCCAUUCAAGCCAGGAUGAGGACAGGCAAUCAAAUGCUUCUCAGACCCUGUGUGAUAUCAUAAGAUUGAGCAGAGACCAGAGCAAUCAACUCCAGGACAUACCUGAGCCUGAUCCACUUCUCACAGCACUGGAAUCGCAGGAAUGUGUGGAGCAACUCCUGAAGAAUAUGUUUGAUGGAGAACAGACUGAAAACUGCAUAGUGAAUGGCACACAAGUUCUUCUGACGUUGCUGGAAACAAGGCGCUCUGGAGUGGAAGGACUGAUGGACUCAUACACUCAGGGAUUUGAAAGGUCUUACACUGUCAAUAGCAGCAUCUUACAUGGUAUUGAACCACGGCUGAAGGAUUUCCACCAGCUGCUGCUCAAUCCUCCCAAGAAAGCAGCAAUCCUGACCACAAUUGGAGUCCUGGAAGAGCCACUGGGGAAUGCUCGUCUUCAUGGAUCUCGUCUAAUAGCUGCUCUGCUUCACACAAACACUCCCAGUAUUAAUCAGGAACUAUGCAGACUCAGUACCAUGAAUUUAUUACUUGACUUAUUUUUUAAAUACACAUGGAAUAACUUUUUGCAUUUCCAAGUGGAAUUGUCCAUAGCAGCUAUUCUCUCCCAUUCUGCCCAAGAGGGAAAAACUACUACUACUAAUGACCUAGAAAGCAAAGAAGAGGUGCUGAAUGGAAACGUGGCCACAGAGAACAUAGAGACUCCAGAAAACAAUACAGAGAAUAUCAUGGUCACUCAUCUGUUCCAGAAAUGCUGCCUUGUGCAAAGGAUAUUGGAUGCCUGGGAGGCCAAUGACAAAAUACAGGCAGAAGGUGGGAUGAGGAGAGGCAACAUGGGCCACCUCACCCGGAUAGCCAACGCCGUGGUGCAGAACAUGGAGAAGGGCCCCAUGCAGACUCAGAUCAGUGAGUUCAUUAAAGAGUUACCUGAGGAUUGCAGAGGGAGAUGGGAGAGCUUUGUAGAAGAGACACUGACGGAAACCAACAGGAGGAAUACAGUGGAUUUGGUGAGCACUCACCAUCUGCACUCCUCCAGCGAGGAUGAAGACAUUGAGAGUGCUUUUCCCAAUGAACUUUCUCUCCAACAGGCCUUCUCCGAGUACCAGAUCCAGCAGAUGACAGCAAACUUUGUGGAUCAGUUCGGCUUCAACGAUGAGGAGUUUGCAGACCAGGAUGAUAAUAUCAAUGCUCCCUUUGACAGGAUCGCAGAGAUAAACUUCAACAUCGAUGCAGACGACGACAGUCCCAAUGCUUCCCUCUUCGAAGCCUGCUGCAAUGAGAGGAUCCAACAAUUUGAUGACAACGAGGAGGAAGAAGAUAUCUGGGAAGAGAAGGAAAUAACCUAUGCAACCCAAGUGAAAUCAAGAACACGAUUUGGAGCAUCUCAGACCUCAGAGAGUUCCUCAAAAAGUGAUCUUGAGAAUGGGGAUCACGACGGCAGCGUGGACUCUGAAGAGGAGGAAACGGAACAGCAGCUGCCUCCUUCCCAAGCAAACAGCAACAAGAAUAAUACUUCUGAGCAGAAAGACUCUGACUCCUCUGAAGGGUCUGGCUGGACAGCGGUGUUCGAGCCCGUCAACUCGAAGCCCCCCACGCCCUGUGUUGCCAUGGAUGUUGGAUCCAGCGUGUGGGAUUCAGCAGCCCCGGAGAACACCACGCCAGAGGAGAAAGGAUGGGCUAAGUUUACAGACUUCCAGCCCUUCUGCUGCUCAGAAUCGGGUCCACGAUGCAGCUCUCCUGUUGACACAGAAAGCAACGAUUCAGAAGGGAACCUGAAGCAGAGUCAAGACAAAAACUUCAGCACUGCCUCCCCCUGUGUUUGGAACGUCUGUGUCACGAGGAAAGCGCCGCUGGUGGCCUCAGACAGCAGCUCCUCCGGGGGCUCCGACAGCGAGGAGGAGGAGGACAAAGCUGACACCAUCACAGAAACCAUCAGCACGGGCUCAGGCCAGGAGACCAUCAAGCUGACCAUGGAUGCGAAGAACGAGAAGGCUGUUUUCACCAGAGUAUUUAGACCUGCAGUUGGAGGUGAUGCAGAGUGCAUGGUUAUCGACUCGCUGGCCAUCACCGACAUCGGCACGACAAAAGCACCCAAACCCCGGAACAGCGUGGCCCAGCACGUGGAGGAGCACCAGAACACAGCUGCCAUGGUCACAGAAACAGCCACAAAAGACAGGAAAGAAGAAGUCUUGCCCUGUGCUGAAGCCACAUUAAAUGGCCCUGCUUGA